AUGAUCUCCUCGUACGCCACGGUCGCGCACCAGUCGAUAGCGCGACACCGGCAUCGGCGGCCACGGGGAACGCCGGAGGAACUCCCCGACUUUGGGCGCUCUAUGCACGUCCUAGGCACGGUCAGCCAGCUGGCCAUCCGGUUCGGCAGUCGCACGCGGUGGACACUCGAUGACUCUCCAGAAGCGGACUGGGCGGACGUCGUCCUCAGCAUACUCGGUCAAAUCCACAAGGUCAUCGCUAUUCGGGACAGCUCCCUCGGUCAAUUCGAAGCGGGCGAGGCGCCCUACCGGGACAUUGCCAUGCUAGAAAUAUACAACUCUACCAAUCGCUUCACUCCAGAAAAGCUCUUUUCGAGGAUCGACGAGCUUCCGCUCGCUGGCGGGAACCUCGGUCUAUCCUUUUCCGGGUACGGGGCGGGGGACACUACUACCCAUACUCUCUCCAAAGGGGAGCAGCGACGGCUUUGCCAUCAACUGGGAGAGCAUCUGCAGGCGUACAUGAGGGAGAGGAGCGGAUUGGGGGAUGAGGUGGUGUGGCGCCCGUCGUUUGAGACGCCGGUGUGCGCUGCUUGCGGGACGGGAGGGCCGCGAUAG